AAUAAAUAGUCGCUUUUUAUAAAAUGUGAAAUAUAGCGUGAAUAAUUUAAUUUUAGUAUACUUUCACAUUCCUUCGGUCUAACAAAUGUGAUAAUUUGAAUUCGAAAAUGGAUAUUUUUGCUAUAUUCUUUUUGGGAUGUAUUUCAGUAUUAUUUGGAAUAAUUUUAACUUUAUCUGUUCAGUAUUAUAUUUUGUAUAUUUAUUUAAAGAAGAGUCCUGUUGCUAAACCUUCCUUGAGAAGAAAUUCUGUAGAUUACAGCUUGCCAGAGGCACUUAGGAAACAGUUAGAAAAUGAAGACUUUAGUGAUGGGGGCAAAGGUUGCAGUUUACCUAUUAGUUUAGUAUUACAAUUUUUAUUUCAUGAAUUAAGACACUCGGAAUCUAUAAAACGUUGGCUCUUCAAGAAGUUGAGCUUAGAAUUUGACGAACUAUUAACCAAGACUACGAUUGGAAAAUUCUUCGAUUCUAUUAAUAUUAAAGAUAUGCACUUGGGGACAGAAUUCCCCAAUAUUAAGGAUAUAAGUAUAGACAGUGUAAAAUUAGACAAAAAAGAGGGGCACAUAGAUACUAUUAGUUUAUGUUUGAAUCUGGACUAUACGGGAAAUUUUCUGUUAAGUGUAGAUGCUAGAAUGAAAUUUGGGAAAGCCGCCUAUCUUUCAAUAAAAGUGAAGCGAAUAAGUGGACAAGCAAGACUACAGUUUUCAAGACACCCAUACACCCACUGGUCUUUUAGUUUCUUUUCCGAUCCAAUAUUAGAUCUAGCAGUAGAAUCUCAUUUUCAAGGGAGGCAGCUCCAAUCCAACAUAACCAAUCUCAUCGUCAAUCAAAUAAAAAAGGCCAUUAAGAGGAAACAUACAUUACCAAAUUAUAAAAUAAGGUAUAAACCAUUUUUUGUCAAAACAGACCCAAGCCAGUUAGACACAGAAGAUAACGAAAUUGUCCCUCAGGGUCAACUGGAAGUAACAUGUGUCGAAAUAUCUCGCUUAUCCCUUCCACCAAGUGUUCAAAGUGUUUACUGUACGAUGGCGUUAGACACUAUUCCUUGGAUCUCAAUAUACCAAAAAGAAGACAAUAUGUACAUGAUCAUAGAAAUAACCAUGACCAAACUAAGGCAAGCCCAGUUAGGCGUAAUAUUCAGACAAGAACAAGGCAUGGUCUUAGUAGACAGCGUCUCUCCCCAUAGCACAGCAUUCCGCGCCGGCCUUAGACCAAACGACAUCGUAGUCGCAGUUGAAAAUCGCUGUGUCCAGACCGUGCCACAGGUUGCGAAGUUUAUUAAAUCCAUUUCCGCAGCGAAUAUAACUUUGAAGGUUGAACGUUUAGUGGAAAAUUACGUUCUACGUCAAAAACAUUACGAGGAAAGCGAAUCUAAAAUCGUUAGCACGACGCCAGAGGUUCCCGAGGAGCCAGAAUUGACCCAAACAGAACAAGACAGUUUCGUUUUAGUCGACACCGUAAAAGAUACGAGGAAGCGUGUGCCGAAGAUCAUACCAACAAAUGAGAAUAUGUCAAAGUUUGCGCAAACUAUCGGCAACUUUAGUUUGAGGAAGAGGAAGACCUCGGUAUCGGAAACGGCCAGCGCAAAAAACACUCCCACUUCCAGUAGCCCCGGAACGCCCCAACAUGUGAGUUCCGUUAAACCACAUACGAUUCAAGCCAACGUUUUAUCCAAAAAGAACUCGAUUUGUGAGUUACCGGAAAUCGUUAGGACGGAUCUGGAUAGUACAAAUACCGAAAUUUUGACCUGCAUCGAAAUAUUUAAAAGCAAAGAGCUAACGUUUUCGACAGUGCUGCAAUUUAACGAUGACUUUCAGUUCACACUGAAGGACGGUUUAAAAUACCUAAACGUAAAUGUAUGGGCUACAUUAACCGACGAGAAAGAUUUAUUAUUAGGUUACACGAAUAUCCCGAUAAGUCACAUCUUGAGCGAGUGUUGCAACAGUUUUCUGGGGCACUACUUGCGCUGUUAUUCCUUUUUACCGCCAAAUAAUAUCGUUCCUAACAAUCAGACACAUCCUCUGCUGUCACAUUCUGGUUUUGAACAUGUUUUUUGUUACGGCGAUAUUCUACUGUCUUUCAUAUGGACGCAUGAAGAGGAUAUAGAACUCAAAAGGAAAAUGUCUCCCGUUAGUUCAGAGGUAGAUGUGAAAAAGGUGAAUACGGAGGGUUCACUGCAGCACGAUUUCAUUAGAACGCAGUUUCAUAGGACCACGCAUUGCGAUUUUUGUUCGAAAAAGAUUUGGUUGAAAGACGCUGUGCAGUGUAGACAGUGCGGCUUAUGUUGCCACAAGAAGUGCAUAGUGAAAUGUCAAAUGAGUACCGGAUGCAAUCCCAAUGAAAGAACUUUAAAAAGCGAGGUUUCUGUAUCGGACGUGUUGCUCCAGCCCGAAAUUACCAUGACAGAAGUCGGCGAAGAGGUGACGGGUGAGAAUAAUUGUGGGAAUAACCUGAAAAGGGUGAAUAGUGUCAACAAUUUAGCCAUACCAGGGGGGCAAUUUACAGGAAGUACUUCUAGAAGUCUGCCGCCUUCUCCCCAAAGAACUCCUAGCCGGAAGCUGUCCAUAGUUUCGAUAAAUCCAUUCGGUAUGUGCCCCGGGGUUUUAGACGACGUGCAAAAAAAUCCUAGCGAAGCGUCAGACAACGUUAAUAAACUGUUGGAACAAAUUAUGCAGUGUGCCCCGGACGAGGCACUAAUGGAUGCGGCGAAAGAAACGGGCAGACAGUUGUACGUUAGCAUGCCUCAUGAGGAACGGGUAGAAAAGAUAAAUUUGAUGAUGGGAGAACUAAAGAAAACGUUGGAUUCCGUCACCAUGGAACACAUGGAGUUGUCCAAACAAAUGGGGGUGGAGGAAUCCGAAGUCGAAAAGGCUAAAUUAGCUUUUCUGAUGGGCCAAGCCGAUGCGAAGGUCCACGGAUUGUCGGUUUUGAUGCUUCACUACUGCUCUAGCCUGCAGCACACCCAGGAGAAGAUUGUCUAGGAUCUCGUAGUGAUAGUUUGCAGUUGUUAUUUUAAAAUAUUGUUGAAUUUUCAUAUUUUUAUGAUAGACAGUGUUUUAUAUUUAUAUA